AUGAGCAAAGACCAUACUAUUUCCGGUUCUGAAAAAGGGCAACGUCUUGCAAGAACCAAGUAUCCAACGUAUGACCGGGACAAACUUCCAACGUUACAGGAAGUCCUUAGUCGUAAAACGGCGCCUCCUGUAUGUCUUUACAACUUUUAUCUUUAUAUGAGAGAUAGAGAGCAGGCAUCAGAAUAUCUGGAUUUCUAUCUUGAUGUAUUAGAACAUGAAAAUAUAUGUAAAGCAUUUGUAAAAGACGUAAAAAAACUUGGAUUGGAUAUCAACAUUGAAUAUCCAGAGUAUGAAAGGUAUCGACCUGCUGGGAUAGCACCAGAAAAAGGUAAAUUGAGUAGACUUAGCGUAGCCACAAGUAAUGAUGGGGGUGUUCAAAGACAAUUGAGCGCUUCAUCACGUGAGUCCAAUAUCACAAAUAGCACCGGUGGCGUUUUUGAUACCCCUUCACGCCCUGAAUCACCAUACUCAGGACAACACAUAAUCGAUAUAGCGACUGCGAGUAAAGCGUCACGAUUUACAAGACAUAGAGAUUCAGUUCGGUCAAACAAGACCAAUACUACCACAGGCAAUCUUUCAUUUUAUGGACGGGAACGUCCAUUUACAAAAGAAGAUCUUCGCGAAUCGGCGGAACGUAUUUAUUACAGAUAUAUUAACGAGGAUUCCGAAAAAGAGAUUGAGUUAUCAGAUCAUACUCGUGAAAAAAUAAGGCUUAUUUUUGAAGAAGAAAGUGGUACUCUAAACAAAAGGGCUGAUCCAUGGAUUUUUUACGAGGCAAAAAGAGAGAUUUUCGAAUUCAUGCAAAGAGAGCAUUUUCCUAGGUUUUUAGAGGCAAGAGCAUUUGGCAAUAUGAACAUCUUGCAAACCAUGUUAAGAUUAGUUCUCGGAUUGUUCUUUUUAUUCAUCGGAUUUGCCACAGCAUUAAGUUUGAUUUUCUUAAAUGUUGAACCAAGAGCCGUUAGAAUAUGGUGUUUAAUUCCUAUUCUUAUGGGUGUAACCAACUUAUUUGCCAAUCAAAAGGAACUUAGCCCUCUAUUUGUUUUGUUGAAAAUAAGCGAAACAAAAUUCGCUAGAUUUCAACGGGUGUCGGAACCAUAUAUAUACAAAUUACAUAUAAAAAAAGGAAUAGAGAUAUUUUUGAAAAGUUUAAUUAUUUCAAUUGUUAUUACUGCAAUCUUUGUUGCAGUUCCUGGUCAUAGACUUGUCUUCCCUUCUCCAAAUUCUCCUACGAAUUCUCCGAGACAUAUCAUUCAUACAAGGGGUGCGUUAGCUGCUGUUGGUGCAAAUAAUUAUACGCAGAAUAAUCAUGAUCAAUGUGAUGCGUGUGGUUAUGGUGGUCGCUUAAUGUGCUGUGACGCUUGUCCGAAAGCUUUUCAUUUUACAUGUCUGGUACCUCCUCUUGACGUUGAUAAUCCGCCAAAAGGAAAUUGGUAUUGUCGUGAAUGUAAGAGUGAUAGGGCUUCACCGUCGAUGCCAGCACAAGGCCCUUUCCAAGAGCUGAUAUACAAAGCUCGUUGUUCUAAUCCAAAAUCUUAUUUGUUGCCAGAACAUGUUAGAAAUGCGUUUGAAGAUGUCGGCACAGGCCCUCAUGGUGAAUAUGUAGAUACAAACAAAGUCAAGUUCGAACAAAAAGAUCGGAAUGGGUUCACACUUGAACCGGAUCAUCAUCGUAUGAUAGAUGACAAUGGAAAACUUAUACGUUGUUUUCAGUGCAAGCUUCCUCCAAGCAAGUCGAAACUAAUAAUGUCUUGUGACUUUUGUGACCUUCAUUGGCAUUUCGAUUGCUUGGAUCUUCCAUUAGUAAUUCCUAUACCGGCGAACAAAAAAUGGAUGUGCCCGUGCCAUGUAGAUCAUGCGUUGCCACCAUUGCGAAGGUUAUGUUCAGAUAAUAAUCUACCUUUCAGCGACAAUACAGCCAUCGAAUACUCUCCACAAAAAAAAAUGCACAUCGAAUGUGAUCCAGAGUUCUACCUCAACGACAAAUUGCAUAAAUUACCUAAGCAUGGUGUCAAGCUUAAUUAUAUUGAACAGAUAAUUGACAAUUUACAAAAAGAAAAAGAGGCUGAAAAAAGUUACCAAUUUGAUGAUAUGAACGAUGAUAUUAAGGAUGAUAAUAUUUGUUCUGAUUCACAUGACGAUGAAAGAUCAUUUUUAAAAAAUGAUGAACGGAAAAUUCUAAUAAAUAAUCCGCAUAUUGAUGAAAGACCAGCUGAUAGAGAUGUUCAGCAAAUGGUCAUGGAAGGUUCUCCAACGUUCCAAGUUACAAAUGAAAGUGGUGUGACAUUUGAUGAACCAAUAAGCCCUAAAAGAGCGCGGGAAGGUGAUGAAUUAAAGGAUUCAAAAUUUUUCCUUGUAUCUGAUAACACCAAUAAAAAAUCGAUAGAUCAGCCUCGUGUAAAAAGAACACGUCAAGAUGAAGAAAUCAAAAUAGAAAAAUCUUGCAUCAACGCAAUUGAGGGUUCUGAGACCAUUUCACAUUGUAUGACUCAUGCUGUCGAUAUGAGCAGCAAUUCAGAGAAACCUAAUUCUGAAUCAACUUUUUCCGAUGAAAUAUUUGAGAUCGAAGAAAGAUUAGAAAAAAAUGAAGAGGCUUAUAAAGAAAACCCAUUACGUUUAUUAAUGGAAGUCGCGUUGGUUGAUAUG